AGGUGCUACAUAUCAUGAGUGUGCUGGCGGCGUCCAGGCGAAAUAGACAGUUCCGGUUCAGUUAUAGUUAAGUGUUACGAAUUAAAAGGACUUCUCAGGAUGUCGGGCAUCAGCAGCAGCACGGCAGCCACUCUGGCCGAGACGGCAAAGGAUCUCAGAUUCAGCCUCACGGAUUAUAUUGUUUUUAUCUUAAUGCUUAGCACUUCGGCCGGUAUUGGAGCUUAUUUUGGUUUCUUUGCCAAAAGUAAGAAUACAACAGAUGAAUAUCUGCGAGGUGGCAAAAAAAUGAAACCCUGGCCUAUUGCCAUAUCCUUGGUAUCCAGUCAACUAUCUGGCGUUGCCAUAAUGUCUAUCCCAGCCGAGACUUACACAUUUGGCUUUAACAUAAUCUUCAUGGUAUUAGCAAUGGUUCCAGUCCUUCCAAUUUUGAUCUAUAUAAUUGUUCCUGUAUUUUAUGAGAAUAAUGUUACGAAUUGCUAUGAGUACCUGGAGAGGAGAUUUAAUAAGAGGACCAGGCAACUGGUUACCGGCACUUUCAUUAUGAAUCAGUUUCUGAUGUUACCCGUCUAUAUGUUUGUGCCAUCGUUGGCUUUUUCUCAAGUGACUGGCUUUAAUAUCCAUCUUAUCAACACGGUGGUUUCUUCCGUUUGUGUCUUUUAUACCAUGUUGGGUGGCAUUAAGGCUGUUGUCUGGACAGAUGUGGUCCAGGCCGGUGUAAUGCUCUUUUCUGUGGUUCUUGUGGGCAUUCUGGGCACACAACAUGCCGGCGGUUUGGGAACUGUUCUGGAUUAUGCCUCUGAAGGGGGACGCUUCAAUUUCGAUUUCAGACUUGAUCCACGUAUACGGCAAGCAUUUUGGACAGCCUUCAGUACGGGCAUCUUGUUGUGGACAGGGAAAAUUGGUCUCGAUCAGAGUUGUGUACAACGCAUUGUCUCCUUGCCAUCCUAUACCGAGGCCAAGAAAUCUUUAACCAUUGCGGCUAUAGGCUUCAUUAUCAUUAUGUUCUUUAACUGUUUUGCGGGAAUUAUUAUGUUUGCCCGAUACUUUGGCUGUGAUCCCAUGAAAGCCGGUUUGGUCAGCAAACCAGACAAAAUGAUGCCCUUCUUUAUACAGGACAUCAUGGGCAAUUUGAUGGGCAUGCCUGGAGUGUUUAUCUCUUGUGUGUUUAGUGCUUCACUUAGCUCUUUGUCGGCCAAUUUGAAUUCCCUUGCCGGUGUGGUCUACUUUGAUUACAUAAAGCCCUACAUUCGGCACACGGAGGCUCGAGCAAAUGCCUCAAUGAAAUUGGUAGUCGUUGCUAUGGGAGCCUAUUGCAUUUUGGGAGGCUUCUUUGUGGUAAACUUUACCUCGAUUUUGCAAACUGUAAUGACCAUCACGGGGAUCAAUACUGGAGCCGUAGUCGGAGUGUUUCUUUUGGCCAUGUUUGUGCCGCGUUGCAAUGGGAAAGUCGCCAUGACAGGAUUCCUUUUCAGUGUGGUAACCAUGCUCUGGUUGAUUAUCAACGCCCAAAUGAACUUUAAGGCGGGAUUAAUCAAGUAUGAUGUAUUGCCAAAUGGCUUAGAUCAAUGUGAAGCCAGGGGCAUGGAUGUCAUACUGAAUGCCAUUAAUCAAACAAGCCUUAAUACGACACCAGCUCCAACUACUCCAAACAAACAGGUGACAAAUGCCUUUGAUAGCAAUCGGGAUUUCUCCGUUUAUGACAUUUCAUUCUAUUGGUAUAAAAUGAUUGGUGCUCUAUUAGUCUUCGUUUGGGCUAUUCCCAUGAGUUAUGUAUGGAAAACGGAUGAGAAUGAAAAACAGAAUCCCACAUUGUUUUCACCGUUUGUGCGAAAAUUCUUGCAAACUCCUGGCAAUAGUAAAAAUAAUCCAGUCCUAGAGCCAGAAGAAUUACCCCUUAAGGACACAAAAGAGCCGAACAGCUCUGUCAAUGAGGCUUAAAAACAAAUCUCAAUUCUUAUUCUAUUGUUAUAUUUCUUAGUUGAGUUGUUGUUUUAUAGUUAUAUGCAUAUGUGUGUUUUUUUC